AUGUUGACUGCCACUCGGAACGAGCGAAUCGACAAUUACAGCCCGACAGACAAUCCGCAGCUAACGGGAAAGAUACCCACCAUCCGACCAGACACACAGACGCAGCGGCGGGAAGUGCCUUGCAAGACAAUGUUGACUGCCACUCGGAACGAGCGAAUCGACAAUUACAGCCCGACAGACAAUCCGCAGCUAACGGGAAAGAUACCCACCGAAUACCACAACGUCGGAGUUGUCGAUCAACGCAUCUCGCGCCGCGAUCGGGUCAAACCAGUCGGAAUGGCACACGGAAGAAGAGGCAACGCACGUGCCAAUUGCAAACUAAAAACCAACAAGGAAAGACCCACGGAAAGAGGCAUGAAUCAUCCCGUCGCGUGGUUGAGAAUUGACUGCAUAUAA